GGAGAUACAGGCGAACUGACUCCUGGAUCCCGAACCGAGCCCGAGCGCUCGCGCUUUCCGUGGAGCAUCUGCGUGGAACAUGGCGGAGCUGAGCGCAGUCCGACACGAACUUAGAACCAGAAAUCUGAGCGGUUCUUUUGAGGAGCCUCAGUGUAUGUCACCGCAGAAAGAUGAGCAGCAGACACUGGCCGUGCCGUUCUGUGGCAGCAUCCGCGGAGGACUGAGACCGGGGAAGAAAAUCACGGUCAUGGGCGUCGUGAAUGCAGAUCCGAACAGGUUUGACAUCAGUCUGACAUGCGGCUGUGGGGACGUGGCUCUGGAUAUGUGCGUGCGGUUCGACGACCGGGAGGUUUCACGAAACGCCUGUGUUUCUGAAAGCUGGGGCGAGGAGGAGAGGUCAAUACCGUACUUCCCCUUCAUCGCAGAGCAGCCUUUCAGGGUUGAGAUUCAUUGUGAUCACCCGCGCUUCCGCGUGCUCGUGGACGGCCAUCAGCUCUUUGACUUCUACCACCGCGUGACGCCGCUGACGGCCAUCGACACCAUCCAGAUCAGCGGCAGUCUGACCAUCACCAAGCUCAACUGAAGACUCCUCGAGUCUGUUCUGGGUGCUAAAGACUGUCUGUGAUGCUGAAGGACGCUCCACAAUCAUCUAGAACUGAUGAAUUGAUGCAAUUCGAGCUAUAAGGAGACAUUUGUUUUUAUUAGCAUCACAAUUCUCAGUAGCAUUUUAGCAGAAGUCAACAUGAAAUGCCAUUCGCAUCCGAUUUAGUUUGUUUUUUCUGAGUGCAAAGGGAUAUUCAAAUAGGGUGGGACUUGAUUUUGAUGUAUUUCUGUAGUCCAUCUCAUAAGUUCACAUCAUCCUGGACUCAACUGGACUUUCCAUUGGCUUUUGGAUUAUUGCAGAAAAAAGCUCUGUGACCAAGAUUUUUACUCAUUUUGUUCAUCUUCACAAUCAAUUUUGAAUCCUGAACAAAAUGUAAACAAACUACAAGAUUGUGUAACUUCACCAUCAGCCUUUUUAAAAACGUUUGAGUUUGAAUAGUGCACGAGCAUGAUUAUAAUCACAAUGAGGCCGUGACAGCGCCUAGUGAGUAGAUGAGUUGAACCUCUGCGGUUAAAUGUGUACACUUUUUAGCAAUUGUGAUAAAAUGUGAAAAUAUUGUGAGCUUGUGUUCACCAUAGAUAUUAUUUCAGGAACUGAACCUAAACCCAAUCAGAAAACCAGCCCGGGACUUCA